AUGAACUCGCCCAUGGCAGACGACGACGGACCAGUCUUCGAAUGGUAUCCCAUCAGGCUGUUUCUAUUGUACCCGGGCUAUAAGUUUGCCUUGGUCGUCUUGAACCAGCCUUUCAGUGACGAAGCCUUGUUUAGGGAUCUCUGGGCUACUGCUUUUAUGAGGGUCGCUGCUGAUGGGGGUGCCAACCAUAUCUACAAGCUCAAUACGGAAUCCGCUUCCGGUCAAGAUUAUCCACUUUCAGAGCUAGACGUCAUCAUCGGUGACCUCGACUCCCUGUCCGACGAGGCCCGAGCAUUCUUCACCACCACCCGGGGCCGGGGGCACAGAUCCUGCAGGAUAAUCCAGGACGCAGACCAAUAUGCGACCGACUUCACCAAGGCAGUUCGCCUGGUCCGUAAGGAGCUGUCGGGCCGGCAUACACAUCUGGUCUGCCUGGGCGGCCUCGGGGGUCGCGCCGACCAGGGGCUCAGCCAGCUGCACCACUUGUACAUGUUCCAGACGUCGCCCACCUACGCCGACGGUCGUAUGUUCCUGCUUUCGCCCGAGAGCCUGUCGUUCGUACUUAAGCCGGGCCGGCACCGCAUCCACGUGCGCGAGCGCGGCGCCCUCUGUAGCGGAUUUGCGCGCGUCAGCGGCGACCCCUUUGCCAAAUACGUCGGUAUCGUCCCUGUUGGACGCCCAAGCGUCAUCACGACCCGGGGGCUGGAGUGGGACGUCCAGGAUUGGCCGACCGAGUUCGGCGUCCAAAUGAGCACGAGCAACCAUGUCCUCCCCGAGACAGACGUGGUCGUGGUCGAGACUACUGAAGAUGUGCUGUUUACCAUCGCCUGGAAAGAGGUACAGGUGGUGCAGCUGGCUGAGCCCCUGGUAGGCAAUAAACUAUGA